UUCAGGAUUAUCCGCUUCCCAUGGCAGCUCAGUAAAGUGAAGGUGCGAAGGACUCUGGCGGAAGCACUGAGAGUGUGGAGUGAGGUGACUCCCCUGACAUUCACUGAGGUGUAUGAAGGACGGGCUGACAUUGUUAUUGAUUUUACACGGUACUGGCAUGGAGACAACCUGCCUUUCGAUGGUCCCGGGGGCAUCCUUGCACAUGCUUUCUUUCCAAAGACACACAGAGAGGGGGAUGUACAUUUUGACUAUGAUGAAGCUUGGACCAUUGGAAACAGUAUAGGCACAGAUCUUCUGCAAGUAGCUGCUCAUGAGUUUGGACAUGUGCUGGGCUUGCAACAUUCCUCAGUCUCCAAGUCACUGAUGUCUCCAUUUUACUCUUUCCGUUACCCACUCAGUCUUAGUGCAGACGAUAAGCAAGGCAUUCAGUACUUGUAUGGAGCACCACAUCCCCCAACCACAGCUCCAACUCCAAAGCCAGAAGACAAUCAGCCAGAACCUGAGAGCAAUGAGAUCCCUUAUUCAGAGGUUAGAAGAUUCUUACUAUCUACAUCUAUGCAUUUACCACACUGUUCUAGUUGCGUUGAGGCCUUUCAUCAGAUUUAUCCUCAUCCAGGCCACGACCUUUGGAUUAGCAAUACUAGAAAAACUGUGAGGUAUAAAGCAUACAUAUUAACAAUCAAAAUAUCUUUUUGA